CCGAAGGCACGGUGUCACUGGAGGAUACACUGCUAUGUCGGAGGGUCUCGGAGGAAUUCGCUAGUAAAACUGAAAAAAAGGAUGAAUUCACGAGUUACGAUAGCCAAGGAAAACGUGCUACAACGGUAACGAACACUCUAUCUUCCAUGGAUCAAUUGAAGAUUGAUAAAAUGUCGACGAUCAAGACAAAUGGCACUGGAGCUGCCAGAACAUCUCUUCCUGUUCUCAGUCAUUUUAAAUCUGAACAUCUUGUUGCUGGAUUCUCUGGGGGAGUCGUUUCUACUCUUAUGCUGCAUCCCCUCGAUCUAAUUAAAAUUAGAUUCGCAGUUAAUGAUGGAGCUACAAAGUCUUUACCACAAUACUCAGGAUUGAGACAAGCAAUGAGGGAAAUAAUAAGACUAGAUGGAUGGAAGGGGCUGUACAGAGGGGUUACCCCGAAUGUUCUAGGAUCUGGUAGCUCUUGGGGGUGUUAUUUUUUCUUUUACAAUAGUAUAAAAACAUGGAUACAAGGUGGGGAUGCAAAAACACCACUGGGUCCAUAUCUGCACAUGUUUGCUGCGGCUGAAGCUGGCGUUUUAACGCUCAUAAUAACCAAUCCAAUUUGGGUGGUUAAAACGCGUUUAUGUUUGCAAUACAAGACUGACCUAACACUGUCAGAGUCUAAGAGAUACUCUGGAAUGAUUGACGCGAUUACGAAGAUUUACAGAACUGAGGGAGUCAGGGGAUUGUACAAAGGUUUCGUUCCUGGCAUGUUUGGAGUAUCACAUGGAGCUAUCCAAUUCAUGUUGUACGAAGAGAUGAAGGCCGAUUAUAACGUGUACAGGAAAAUGGCGAUUGAUACUAAAUUGGGGAACAUGGAGUACCUCACAUUUGCAGCGAUAUCAAAAUUAAUAGCUGCUUUCUUAACAUACCCCUACCAAGUUGUCAGAGCACGUGUCCAAGACCAUCAUCAUGAUUACAAAGGGACAUGGGAUUGUGUACAAGUCACAUGGAG